CUCGAUCAAUCUGUGUUUAUGGGUUAUAUGAUCCUGUUGAUUUGCUACUAUUAGGGAAAUAAUCUAAUUGUUCCAACCAAGAUCUGUCCUUGUGCAAAGUAGACUGAGGUUGAUCAUUUCUAAUUUGUAAUAGGUAACGAAAAACAACAGUAACUACUAGACAACUGGCAGCUCAUCAGUGUAACCUCGACAGCUGAGAAAAAUGACACAUAAAAACCAUUAAUCGGCCUUAUAGCUUAGAACAAUCCAACAGUAGAACUAGUGGUGUUUCUUUGUGGUUACACUGGGAAGUGAAGAUACAGAGUGGAAGAGAGAACGGAUAUUAAGAGUCUGAUUGGUGCCAAUGUCUUUUAAGGAAACUGCAACUAUGAAAUCUUUACUGAAUGUCAACUCAGGGUGGCAUGACAACUAACAUAGUGGAACCACUGCUCUAAAUAGCCAGAUGAUUCCUGAUCUUAAUGGAAGCAUUAUGUCACCAGGAAGAGGAGAACUGUUUGCCAUAUGUGAUGGUCAACUCCUUGAAGUAAGAUGCUGUGCAGAUCGAGGUCCAACUAAAACUACUCACUCUAAUUUUAUCUUAACUUAUAACACCAUGGAUCCUGCAAGUUUGCUUAUCACAAAACACACCUGUUAACAGGUGAAUAGCAGCAGUUUUGCAGAGCAAAGUGUAGUAGAUUGGUGCACUACUGCUAAAUAUUGUAUUCACUAGCUGAACUAACAGAUCUCUUAACUGCAUUUAAAAUAAUCAUGACGAGUGCAGCACGACUAGCAGUAAAUGCCCUUGCAGUUAGUGAGCAAAUUAGCAGUGGUAAUGUACCAACAUCCAACUCUGGCAACACCAAGUCGUUCAAGUGCCAGUUUUGUGCGAAGGAGUUUCCCAAGUCUUGUAAUCUGACAACGCACCUCCGCACUCACACAGGUGAGAAACCUUACUUGUGUGGGGUGUGUCAACGCGGCUUUUCACAAUCGGGCAGCCUCCAUGUGCACCAGCGAACCCACACUGGAGAGAAGCCUUACAAAUGUCAUCUGUGUGACAAGCGUUUCGUCCAAGUGGGCAGCCUCAGUGUGCACCUGAAGAUCCACACGGGUGAGCAGCCGCACCAGUGUCACUUAUGUCAGCAACGGUUUGCGCAAUCAAGUUCAUUGCGAAGGCACAUAAAAAUCCAUAAGGGCGAGAAGAACUACAAAUGUAAGUUUUGCUCAAAAGACUUUGUGCAGUCAUCACAACUUGUCAAACACACUCGCACUCACACUGGCGAAAAGCCAUAUGCAUGUAAGUUCUGUGACAAAAGGUUCUCACAAUCUAACUCACUUGAGAUUCAUCAGCGUGUACACACAGGCGAAAGGCCUUAUAAAUGUGAUUUUUGUGACAAAAGAUUCCCCCAGUCUUCACUGUUAACCCGUCACAUUCAGGUACAUACGCGUGAAAAUUUCUGCAAAUGUGACUUCUGUGACAAACCAUUUCCUCUGCAAAGCCUCCUUGAUGAACAUAUGCAAUUACAUCGAGAUAACCCAUAUGAAUGCGAAUAUUGCAAUAAAUGUUUUUCUAAAGCAACGCGACUGAUGGAACAUCUCAAAGAACACACAGGUGAGGAACCUUAUAGGUGCAGAUUCUGUGACAAAACAUUCACCAGACAUAGAAACUUAUGCCAGCAUCUCAAAUUUCACACGCGGCAACGAGCACUUGUGUUCCCAGAAGUAGAUAAAUUCUGGGAAGAGUUGCAAGAUCCUAAUGGUGUCAAGACGACGGCAUCUCAUGCUGCAGUUUGCGAUGUACUAACACCGUCCUGCUUCAAAGAUGAUAGUGAUUUGUUUAAAACUAUUGCAGCUGGUGCACUACGGGAAAAGAUUCAGUCAACUGAUACAGAUACAAGCAUGGAAUUAGCUGCAGAUUUAGCUACUUGUUGUAAAAAUGAACAACACUUAGAUGCAUGUGAUGCAGCAAACAAUGCAACAGCUGUGACAAAUGGAAGAAAUGGAUACUCACCACAGAUUGAUACAGACACUGAUAAAAAACUGGAGCUCACCACUACCCUACGCUGCUGCAGUGAUCCACCUUCUGGAGUUUGUGAUAAUGCUACUGUUGAAGGUCAAAGCAUUGAUCAAAGUUACAAACCUCUGCAAGUUGAUCUGCAAAUUUCAGAACAGGCAUCAAACCAUGGAGAGAAAACAUGCAAAGUUCUGUGUACUCCUGCCUCCGAUUCCUCUGUUGUGCACACUUACAUUUCAACAGCUGAACCUGGUGCUAUUACUGCUGAUUUACCGACCAACUCAAAGCCAGGUGACCCAACUGCUACAGUUGUAAGUGCCACCUAUCAUUGUGGCGACACAAUUAUCACUGGCAACUCUAUGUUUGAUAGUAGUACACUUCCUAAAACAAGUAGGGCAUGUUUAGUGAGUCUACGUACUUGUGAACCCAGUGUAUUCACAAAUGCCACAGCAGCACCACCUCCAGUUCAGCUGGAGAGGGCUAUGAGCGCAGAAUUAGCAGUAGUUGAUCAGUUGGUAUCAAACAGCCAGGCAGCAGUUCGACACAAAGAUGGAACAGCUGUUGAGAUCAGCAAACCAAACCUGUUUGAAUGUGACAUGGAUAUCAAACUUUACCUCCCAGACAGAGAUGCCAACACUGUCACUGCACACCAGCCACCACCGUCCCCUGCAAUCACCACUGCCCCCUCAUUGGUACCACAUACUGUCCAUAUUCCUGCUACAAUGAGAGACACCAAACGUAAAGGCUCAGAGUUGUGCACAUUCACAUGUAAAGGCAAUAUGUAUAUCAAACCAACUGUAACAACUCUCCCUACAGAUUAUGUUGAAAAAAGCCGUAGUCCUGGAUCAUAUGACUGUGACCUUCCCUAUGGUUACGGAUAACUAGUGAAUUGGCCUGAUCAACAUGAAGCUCAGCAGAGAGUGGAAGUCAUUUCAACAUGUUCUGCUAUUAUGACCAUUUUUUUCUAUUGUGUUGCAAUUAUGUGUAGACCAAGUAUAACCACAACAAACAUGUGUACUGGUCAUACAUUUCUCACUUUUCAUGUCUGUUUUAGGUGUGCUGUAGUUGCACCAAGUUAUAUUUUGUAAUUUUUUUUUUUAAACAAAGAAAAAUUUAAAAGGGUUCUGAUUAGAUGGUGUUCCACAAAUUCACAAUCUGAGGCUCACUGUAAUGAUGAAGAAAGAGAAUACAGUAAUUGGCAUUCUGUGAAGAUGGCUUUGUGCAGAGAAAUAAUUUGAUGGAUACUGGGUGCCUAAAACACAUGACAUGAACCUCACAAUAAAAUCUUGUGUUUCACCAAUCAUACCUGUGAUUUGUAGGUGUAAUCUGAGUAGAUUUGUCCAUUACACUUGUGAUAAUACUACUGUCAGGGUGUGCUCAUACAUUGAGAAGUUUCUAGAAAAUUGAAACUGAACUAUUAAUUUGAAUAUGUUAAAUGAUCAUGACUGAUGAUUAAGAUAAAAAUUUAAAGAAAAAACAUCAUAAAACAAAAAGAAAAAUUUUAGAUCAGAGAGAUGAAAAAUAAACCAAGGAACUUCACUAUUUCUUAAAAUUUUUUCCCCCCCUCAUUCUUGUCUUGACAGAUAGAUGUUCACUACAUUGUACUGUUGUGCAGAAAGUUAAACUGUCCGGCUGUUAUGUUGUAAAUCUUCAGAUUUUGGUUUUCACUUGGGAUCCUUGUGUAAUUGCUAAGUCACUCUGCAGUGCUUGGUGUGAUGACUAGGUACAUCCCUCACACCCCUCCUGCUGUUGUAAUAAAUAUGUAAAAAAAAAAACCAACAAAAAAAAAGAACCAAACAAAAAUCCAA